CCCCCAAAUUCUUCUCUGCCAUUUUCAGCUGAUCAAUACGAGUCGAACUGAACGAAUUUUCCAAAUUUUCUCCUCUCUGAGCCGCUUUUCAAAAUGAUGUCCCCCGCGGCGAGGUUGGUUUCAAGAAGGUUCAACCACAGGAACCAAGCACUGGCUCCGUUCUUCACUUCGUCCAAGAGCUUUGCCUCCGAAGCCACUUUUGAAACCAGGCCUUUCAAACUCCACAAAUUGGACGAAGGCCCAAAGACAACAGUGACCGUCACCAGAGAUGAUGCCCUCAAGUACUACAAACAAAUGCUCACCAUCAGGCGAAUCGAAACCGCCUCCGGAAAUUUGUACAAGGAGAAAAUCAUCAGAGGCUUUUGCCACCUUUACUCAGGCCAGGAAGCAUGUGCUGUGGGAAUGAAGGCUGCCAUGAAGCCUGCGGACGCAAUCAUCUCUGCCUACCGAAUCCACGGCUGGACGUACCUGAUGGGUGUCAGUCCCACCGGCGUUUUGGCCGAGUUGACCGGCCGCAAGUCUGGUUGUGCCAGAGGCAAGGGUGGCUCCAUGCACAUGUAUGCGCCUCACUUUUACGGUGGAAACGGAAUCGUCGGUGCUCAGGUGCCCCUCGGCGUCGGGGUCGCCUUUGCCAGCAAGUACAGGGGCGACGAGAAUGUCUGCUUCGCUCUUUACGGCGACGGUGCAGCCAACCAGGGACAGAUUUUUGAAGUGUACAAUAUGGCCAAACUUUGGAACGUCCCUUGCAUAUUUGUCUGCGAAAACAACGGCUACGGAAUGGGCACCAGCGCAGACAGAGCGGCGGCCAGCACAAAUUACUACACAAGAGGAGACUAUGUGCCAGGAAUUUGGGUUGAUGGCAUGGACGUUCUAGCUGUGAGGGAAGCUUCUCGGUUUGCCAUCGAAUACUGCAACUCUGGAAAGGGUCCUCUGGUCAUGGAAACCGUCACUUACCGCUACUCAGGGCACUCGAUGUCCGAUCCUGGCACCAGUUACCGCACCAGAGAUGAAAUUCAAGAAGUUCGACAGACCAGAGAUCCCAUUGCUUCUUUCAAGGAGAAGAUAAUUUCCACAGACCUUGCGACAGCUGACGAAUUGAAGGCCAUUGACGCCGAGGUCAAGAAAGAGAUCGACGAGGCGUCUAGGAAAGCCAAGACCGACACCGAGAUCCCGAUGGAGGAGUUGCCUGCCGACAUUUAUUCUGCGCCCCUCGAAACCGACGUGCGCAACGUUGCGCCCUGGGAACCCCUGCAGCACAAGCGCAUCGGCUCGGCAGUAAAUCUGAAGUAAUAAAUUUCUCAAGAGAAAAAUAAAGGACAUUGUGUUGUCAAGCAGUUAUUAAAAGGAACAACAAAUUCAUAGGGCUGUUUAGAAAGAAAGAAAAAAAUUAAACAAAAAAUUUAAUCCACACGCUGCUAAUUUUUCCUUAUGUUAAUGAAAAUGUGGGUCAAUUUCCUUGCCUCAUCCAACGUUGGUUAUGUAAUUUCUCUCGUUUUUCCUCGAUUGUUUCUCAAAACAACUCAAAGUUGUGUGAAAUAAAAAUGCUGUAUAUUCACGCCUGAUAAUUAUAUUGUUACGAAAAACUGAGCAUUAAAAACCAAGUCGAGUAUAUAAA